AUGGAAUUCAUGGGAAUCCAAAAUCUUCAUACUCCUAAAGUUCGAGGUGUGAUUACCGUUCCAUCUAGCAAGCGCUUUCCCACUGGGAAGAUUGAUGUUGAUGGCGGAGGUGCGGAUUUGCUAAAUGAGUGCUUGCUUCCAUAUCAUUUAUCAAGGGAAACUCGUCCUUGUGUUCGGUUGAUUUCUUGGUCUCCUGCAGGUCUCGCCAAAGAUGCUGGUUGUUUGCUUGCUCUUUGCACCACCAGCGGGCAUGUGAAGCUUUACCGCUGUCCACAUUGUUCUCCGAAGUGGAUAGAAGUUGUGAAUGUAUCUGAAGUGUUAUAUAAUUACUACAAGAGCACCAAUUUUGGGGAGUGUCAAAUUGUACCCUUGGAAGGUUCUGACGUUAUACCAAGACAAGAUACUGCAAAGUGUGUCAACCGUAGAAUACAAAAAACAGCUAAUGUAGUAUCAGAAGACCAUGAAAAUUUGGGUGAGAAGAACAAUUGGCAAAUUGUUUCCUCCUCUUUCUAUGAAGGGGACCCUCUGGAGGAAGUGACAGAAGACUGUCUUCCAUUAAUAUCUGCACAGCAAUAUGCUUCUCGCAAUGAAAUGCUAAUGUCACUUAUUAUUGCUUGGUCUCCAAUUCUGGAGACAUCUGGAAACGAUGUGGCUUUUCCUUCUAACUCUUCUAAUUGCUGCUCAAUUCUUGUUGUUGGUGGAAAGUGCAGUAAAAUUUCAUUGUGGAGAGUUCGUGCACCUGAGUGCUAUUCUACUGAUAAUGCUGGGCACGCGAGUGAGGUUCGACUUGUUGGCCUUGAGAAGACACAUGAUAGCUGGAUUACAACAAUUAGUUGGGUUAGAUAUGGGUCUAAUGAUUCAAACACCCAGUUUGCAUUGGUUACUGGGAGUUCUGAUGGUAGUGUGAAGAUCUGGCUCGUAAAUGGUGAAAAAUUACUCAAGGCGUCUGAAGUUAUCAAUGAUUCAUUAUCAUUGUUGAGGGUGGUCAGAAUUGCAUCUCAGUGUCUUGGUUUUAUACGUGAUUCAUUUUGGUCUUAUCUUAAAAUUAGCAAUUUCAUCAAAUUAGGUUGCGACUGUUGAUUCUUCUGUGAUAUCUGUACUUUCACUUACUGUGCCCGCUCGAUCACCAACGAAAUAGUUCUUGGCUAUUGGCAAAAGUUCCGGAUCCUUUGAAUUGUGUACCCUUGACACAUCUACUGGCAAAUUUGACAAUAUUGGCUGUUAUAAUACACAUGACAGCACGGUUUCUGGUUUAGCUUGGGCGUUUGAUGGACGUUGUUUGUACAGUUGUAGUCAGAAUAACUCCUUGAAGAGCUGGACUUUCGUUGGAGAUUCUCUGUCUGAAGUGCCACUUUCCCGAAGCAGUCCUGGUUUGAAGAGCUCCACAGAGUUCGCUCAUGCAUUAGACUCUUGCUUUGGUCUAUCGGUAUCUCCUGGAAAUUUGGCAGUUGUUGUGGUUCGCAGAUAUGACAGUGAUCUACUAGAUCCGAUGUAUGAAGGAAGAUCUCAUAAAUCUGCAGUUGAGUUCCUUUGGGUUGGAGGCCAACAAUUGGACCCUUUUGUUAUUACAUUUUCAGAGAUAGCAAAGGAAACAUUUCCUGGAUUCCCGGAGAAA